GUCAUCGCUCAGGUACCGAACACAUAGCCAUCACUCACCGAACCACCGGACGAUUUACGCGCCCCUUCAACAAUGGAAGUCUGGGACCCGCGGUGACACCAAUACCUGACGCACAUUCGAAGUUCUCUAUUUCCGGCGUCGCGCCUUCACUCAACAGCUGCCUAUAGACGGCCACCACCUCACAAAGCCCGACAACAUGAAUCCGCACAUAUCGCUCCCAAGGCCGACGGGCGGACCUUCAAACUUUGGAUCUACCCCAUCGACACGACGGAAUGAGGUCAAGAUGCCGCGCUUCUUCAAGCGCAUGUUUAAAUUCCCCCAGAUGGACUUUGAAAUGGCCAUAUGGGAGAUCAUGAGCCUAAUAAUAGCACCCAAGAAGGUGUUUCGACAGAUCUAUUACCAUAAACAAACCACCAAGACAUACCACCGCCCCGACCCGUCGUUUACAUACCUACUCUCCUUCUUCCUGACCCUCACAUCACUUGCAUGGGGCUUCGCAUACGCCGAUGGCUUUACACAGACCCUUCAUAUAACUAUGGUCUUCAUAUUCGGGCACUUCCUGCUGCUUUCGCUAUUGAUAGCGACGCUGUUCUUCUUCCUAGUCGGCCGAUUGUUAGGCCCGGAUAACACACUGCUACCUGGACGAAGGAGAGGACUAUACAACCUAGGAGAAGACUCGGGUAAGGAAGAGCUCGAGUUUGGAUAUUGCUGGGAUGUAGCCAUCCGGGCCUUUGUGCCGGUUUGGGUUUUCCUUUACGUUGUGCAAUUCCUGUGCAUGCCACUGAUAGGCACACACCAUUGGUUCUCGCUACUUCUUUCGAACACGCUCUACCUCGCGGCGCUGAACUACUACUUCAUCAUCACUUUCUUGGGCUACAAGGAACUUCCCUUUCUCCACCAUACUGAGCUCCUACUCGUCCCGGUCGCUGUUAUGGCGAUAUUGUGGUUUGUGUCGCUGUUCAGCUUCAACAUGUCGACACACUUUGCGCCGGUAUUAUGGACGGGGGCCAAGUUACGGAAACACGUCUGAGACCAUAUAGAGGUGAGGACAUAAAAGGAUGCGUAGAUGCAACAGAAAGUGUCAAGGCGUCAUAGCAUAAUGAUGCAUAGGAUAGUGACGAAUGCAUCAGAGUACCUCAACUUCGGUUUCAGUAAUGAUUAUCCAAGUCACGAGUGUGUGUGUGUGGUGGCAGAUUGGUUGCUGCAUUAUGCUCCACUAUUGCAUACACGGGGUAAUUGAUAGUUACAUAUUCAUACGUCUACAUAUAUACACGAA